UGCCCUUCAAAAUCGUAUUCAAACCCCACAAAAGAAAACGAAAAUGGUGGCCUUUUCCGGCGCCAACGAAGUUUCAGGCAGUACCUCUCCAGCAACGAGUUAUGAUCGAACAAAAGAGCUAAAGGUAUUCGAUGAAACUAAAGCAGGUGUGAAGGGUCUCGUCGACGCCGGUGUGGUUAAGGUCCCUCGAAUCUUUGUCCACCUACCCGAUACCCUUCCUGACCUGCCCUCUCAACUGAGUUCCAUUCAGAACUGCUGUCAGACCCAUCUGACAAUUCCGGUCAUAGACCUGCAAGAAGCCACCGUCGAUGAAGACCCAACAGCAACUCGAAGUCGAAGGAAGGAAGUAGUAGACAAAAUUAAGCAAGCAUCAGAGACAUGGGGUUUCUUCCAGGUGGUGAAUCAUGGGAUCCCUCAGAGUAUGUUGGAGGAGACACUGGAAGGGGUUCGAAGGUUCUACGAGCAAGAUGCGGAGAUCAAGAAACAAUGGUACACUCGCGAUAUCUUCGGCAAGAAGGUCGUCUACAACAGCAAUUUUGAUCUCUAUAGCUCUCCCGCUGCCAAUUGGAGAGAUUCCAUGUAUUGCCUUAUGGGUCCUCAACCUCUGGACCCUCAAGAACUGCCUCUCGUUUGCAGAGAUAUAUUUAUAGAAUACUCAAAGCAAGUAAGAAGGUUGGGGAUUGCUUUAUUUGAGAUGCUGUCGGAGGCUCUGGGGCUGAGCCCCAAGCACUUGAUAGACAUGGGCUGUGCAGAGGGUCAUGCUCUUCUCUGUCACUAUUAUCCCGCAUGCCCCCAGCCUCAACUGACUCUCGGCACUGCUAAGCAUUCCGACAAUGAUUUCCUCACCAUCCUUCUGCAAGAUCAAAUCGGUGGACUUCAAGUUCUUCUUCAGAACCAAUGGGUUGAUGUUUCCCCCAUGUCUGGAGCUCUCAUCAUCAACAUCGGGGAUCUUCUGCAGCUGAUUUCUAACGAUAGAUUUAAGAGCAUCGAACAUCGAGUACUUGCUCACAGCAUAGGCGCAAGGCUUUCGGUGGCAUGUUUCUUCACUACAGGUGUUCAAUCAUCUACGAGGGUUUAUGGGCCCAUCAAAGAGUUGUGUUCAAAAGACAACCCACCCGUCUACAGGGAAACUACCCUCAAAGAAUAUACCUUAUACUUCACAGAGAAGGGACUUGAUGGUACCUCUUGUUUGUCACAUUUCAAGCUCUGAAACAUCCAAACCCACCUCAGGCUUCCAAUCAUAGACUUGGGGGACGGCAUCAUCGAUAAAGAUGUGACUUUAAGGAAAGAAAUCGUGGAAAAAGUGCAUCAGGCAUCGGAGACAUCGGGGUUCUUCCAGGUGGUGAAUCAUGGGAUUCCUCAAACUGUUAUGGAUGAGAUGCUGGAAGGGAUCAGAAGGUUUUACGAGGAAGACACGGAGGUGAAGAAACAAUUCUACACGCGUGACUAUGCCAACAGAAGGGUUGCAUACAAUUCCAAUUUCGAUCUCUACAGCUCUCCCACUGCUAAUUGGAGGGACAGUAUGUAUUGCUCCAUGGGUCCUCAACCUUUCAAUCCCCAAGACUUACCUGAGGCUUGCAGAGAUAUAUUGAUGGAGUACUCGGAUCAAGUUAAAAGAUUGGGGAUUAUCUUGUUUGAGUUACUAUCGGAGGGUUUGGGGCUAAAACCUAACCGGCUGAGGGAGAUGGGUUGUGAAGAGGGACAUGCCCUUCUGUGUCACUAUUAUCCUGCAUGCCCUGAACCAGAAUUGACGAUGGGCACCAGUAAGCAUGCUGACAGUGGUUUCCUUUCAAUCCUUCUACAAGAUCAUAUUGGUGGCCUCCAAAUUCAUCAUCAGAACCAAUGGGUUGAUGUGCCCCCCACACCUGGAGCUCUGAUUGUGAACAUUGGGGAUCUUUUGCAGCUCAUUUCCAACGACAAGUUUAAAAGUGCUGAACAUCGAGUAUUGGCCCAGAAAGUAGGUCCAAGACUAUCUAUCGCAUGCUUCUUCACAACAGGUUUUCGACCAUCAACAACGAUCUAUGGGCCCAUCAAGGAGUUGCUAUCGGAGGACAAUCCCCCCAUCUACAGGGAAACCACUGUCAAAGAAUACACUAUAAGCUACCGAGCCAAGGGACUUGAUGGGACUUCUGCGUUGGAAAAUUUCAAGCUGCAAACUUCAAGUUCAGAAGAAAAGAUAUAGCGAUGGCUUAAAUAAUCUCAAAUUCUCGUUGUUGUUAC